CCCCGCGCCCGGAGCGCCGUUGAAGGAAAAGCGGAGAGGGGAACCCGGGACACUGGAGGGAUCCCGAAUGGGGAUAGUGGGCACGUCGGGGCAGAUCGCCUUGGGGACCGCUGCCUGACGUGCACUGAGGUUUGUUGGAGACUGAUUCACUGCAUGAACCUGAUGAAGAAACCAUCUCUCGUAUUGACCUCAGUAGUAUGAUAUCUGAAGAAGAAAGAGAAGAGUUAAAGAUUGAACUAGUUAAGCUAGAAGACGAAAUUACAACUUUACGGCAAGUGUUAACAGCCAAAGAGAAGCAUCUGGUGGAAAUAAAACAAAAACUCGGCAUGAAUCUGAUGAAUGAAUUGAAACAGAAUUUUAGCAAAGGCUGGCAUGAAAUGCAGACUACAACUGCUUACAAGAAAACACAUGAAACUCUGAGCCAUGCAGGGCAGAAGGCAACUGCAGCUUUCAGCAACGUGGGCACAGCCAUCAGCAAGAAGUUUGGAGACAUGAGAUCCCAUUCUAUUGGUUACUCUAUUCGCCAUUCCAUAAGUAUGCCUGCUAUGAGGAAUUCUCCUACUUUCAAAUCAUUUGAGGAGAGGGUUGAGACAACUGUCACAAGCCUUAAGACGAAAGUAGUAGGAGGCGCCCCCAGCGGAGGGAAUUUUGAAGAAGUGCUCAGUUCUACAGCACAUGCAAGUGCUCAGAGUGCUGCAGCAUCCCCGAGGGUGCCUGAGAAAGAAGGGGAGCUUCGGUGCUAAGAGGCCUGGGGAGACCCUUUUCCAGCCUGAGGCUGCCCCUCUGCCCAUAUUCUAUGCUCUGUCACUUUUUCCUAGCCAGAUGUUCACAUCUGCUGAAAGCUUCUCUACAGUGUACUUGUACUUUUGAAAAGAAUUCCAACCUUAUUUGUACUUAAAAAUGAACUGUUUGUAGUCAUUGUGGAUGUAGGAACCAUGCCCUGAAUAUGGUAUUCAGAAUUGUCUACAUUUCUCUCAUUAGCAGACAUGCAACUGGCCAUAACACCUCUGUCUGCCAUUUCAAGUUCUAACCUCUUUGUCCUGUUGAUUUGGCUGUCUCAGCUUGUAUUGUCUUAAAACCCCAUUGCACAACUCUUUUUUCUUUUUCAAGCACAGUGCAGUAAAUAGGAAUUGCUGUUUACAUACCCAUUUUCAACUAUAUAUGAAAUAUACCAGAUGUUUCUUCAGCCACUUGUGGCCUUCCUAGCCCUGGCACAUAUGGAAACUGUAUUUGGUUAAGAGAUUAGCAAAAUGAUUUUAAAAGUAUAAGGCUUUUUUGAUUUUUAAAUUUUGUUUCAAGUAUAUAAUUAUCUUGGAAAUUUCAAGUGUUUUUAUUUCCACUUCCAUUCUUGGCCAUGAUAAAAGAUGUGUAUUACUAUGUACUAUGACUUUAGCCACUCGGAUGCUUUUAUAGAAUUGUACAAUUCUGAAAACUUCUUACAAUUUACUUAUUCAGGUCAAAGGGCAACUGUCUCACUUCAAAACUGGCUAUUAUUUUCUUUUGAGUAAAUAGAGGGAAGUAUAGUUUUAUGAGCCCUUUAUCCCAACAAUAUGAAAUUAAUAUAAUAGUAUCACUAUCAGAUUUCUUGGAAUAAAUGAAUACCUUCUAACUAUUGUUACUAUAUACUUUUCUUUUAUUCUCUUCUAAUGGAGGCUUAUAUGCUUUUCACUAAAUUCCUUACCACCUUAAUUUAAGACUGCAGAAUAAUCAAAAUUUUUCAGUUUAGAAAAACCAAAAAAUAUUAAAAGUUAGAAAUUAGUAGUUUUUUUUGCAUUCAUUGCUAAUUAGAUAUGAGUAGAUAAUAAUCUACAAAAUAAAACCCAUUAAUGUUAACAUGUAAUAAAAAUUAGGCUGUUUGGGGUAUAUACAUCUCUGUGAUUGUAUUUUGCUAUAAGGAUUUAGCCCUAACCACAGGGUGUUUGAUACAUUGAGUACUCAAGGACAAGAGAAACAUCCACAUUUCCCCUAUUUUGGUUUCUUUCAGCCUAUUGGUUCCUAACUCCAAGCUUCUUAACUUUUAGUGCUUUCUACAAAAGGAGAGGAAAGUUCAUGUUUUCAUAUAAAAUCAGUAAAAUGGUAUUAAUUUGGCUCUUUUACUAAUUCAACCAGAACAGAGUUGGGAUUUUUCUCUUUAUUAAUUUAUCAGCAAGAUUUCAGGAUUACUUAAUUUUUUAGGGGAAUGAAUUGUUUAUAAGUACUCUAGCACAUUAAAUAUUCCUAAUUCUUUCAACAUUAAUUAAGCACCUUAGCUGUGCAAAGACACUAUACUAAUUGUUAAGGAAUUAAUAGUCUGUGAAUGCUACUAAUUAAACUAUUUGUUCAUUAAAGGGGAUCUCUCCUUAGCUACACAACAGUUACUUUGAAUCCCAUUAUUUCAGUUAAUAAAGGACCAUUGAUUCUUAAACACUCUUCCCUUUAAUUAGUGAGACUUUGCUAUACUAAGCUGCAAUGAAUGGUUCUUUGGCUAGCCUUUUAUCCCUCCAAAUUGUAUUGACAUUUUGAUAACAAUUUAGCUUAAAAAAAAUCAAACCAGUUGCUUGUCAGGUUGUCCAUUUCAUGUCCUUUACUACCUGAUCUCUCAAGGCCUGCUUCCUUUUCUGAACCUCAUCUGCAUGUCUUCUAAUAAGUUCUUCAUUCUAUAUGUCUGAACAUAGAUUUUCUCAAAACAUAUAUACAUAAAAUUGCCUUUUUCUCAUGCUUACUUGUUAGAAUGUUAUACAAAAAAUUAAGUUAUCCUUUUGAUAAUAUAAAAAGCUAAAAGUAUAUCUGGCCACAAAUGUCACUUUUGUUAGAACUCAAAAUUAAAAUUCAAUAUUUUGUGUACAAAGUGAUAUUCUUCUACAGUUUCAGAUUAGUAAAUACAAAAUUCAGAAACAGACACCUACCAGUUUUUAAAGACAAUCUUUAUUAGUCAUAAAGUUGCAUUUCAAUUAUAUUUUAUAGCAUAUACCCAUCAAAAUUAGGAGUUUUGCUAGGUUAUACCAGCAAAGCUGUUGGCAUUCAAAUUCAAUUGUGUAUCUCCCUACAAAUUUGGACCAGAAUCAUAUGAAGUCUACACAUUUUAUUAAAGACAUUCUGAAAUAUUGUGCUGUUCAUUCACAACAGUUAAAACUGAAAGAGUGUUUGUGGCCUAAGAUGCUUUUAUAUCUUUGUUUUUUGUUGUUUCAAAAUUUUCUGUCAACUGAAAGUUUUCAAGUUCAAUUGCACUAAAAGUAAAUAAAUGUGGCUAACUGUAAAUCGCAGAAAUACCUUCAUCCAUUUAGGAAUUGGAGUCUGAGGAUGAUAAGGGUGAGAAAUUGGUGUUGGAGGUCAUGUGAUUAAUUUUAUGUAAAAUUAUUUCUGCCAAACUUGUGUUCAAAUAAAAUUUCUAAACUUUUAAUUAAAAUGUC